GAUGAAUGAAUAGGUCCUAAACUAGCAAACUACUUAUUGCGUUAGUGUGUUAAAAUAGUGUUGUUCGUUAGCAUUUGAGUGUCCUAUAAACAACAAAAUGGAUUGCGAAAUUUUUCAAAAAUAAUAUAACAAACACUUAGAAAAGACGUGCAAAGUUCUUGUGCAUGUUUCUUGAUAAGUCUGCAAUUAAUGGAAAAGUAUUGUGACUACGUAAGAUGCGACUUAACGCAUGAACGUCAUAAUGUGAUUGGUCCUUACUUUCCGAAACGUCUGAUUGAGUCUUUUUUGUAAAUCAAGUGACUUAAUAAUGGAAACAAACCAUGUGUCAAACAAACACAAAACUAAGUGUCUUGAUCAAAAUAGCUUUAAAACUGUUACAACACUGACAGAAGACACAACUUGUGGUAUUUGGUUUCUAAAAGGGCACUGGAUUCAGCACUUCGCCAAUAAAAAAGCCUACGUCUUCCUUUACGGGUUGUUAGGUUGUGUGUUUUCAGCAGCUUAUGCUUAUUUCAAUGGAACUAUCACAACACUUGAAAAAAGAUUCAAAAUACCCAGCAGAACUACUGGUAUAAUUACUGUAGGAAAUGACUUAAGUCAAUUAUUUGUGUCCGUAAUUCUGAGUUACUACGCCGGAAGAGGCCAUAGACCGCGUUGGAUGGCGCUUGGAAUGUAUACGGUGGUUCUUUUCUGUUUAUUAACAGCUUUACCACACUUUCUUUAUGGCGCUGGAUCUGAUGCUCUAUCGCUUACUGUCGAACAUCGAAUAAACGAUCAUAAUGCUACUAUUGAAGCUCUUGAACGGGAACGAAAGAAAGCGUUAUGCCAUCACAAAAAUUCGACUGCAUCUGAAUGCGAAAUAGAGGGAGGAAAUUAUUCCCCCCAAUUAAUACUGUUCAUAGCACAGUUUAUAUCUGGAAUUGGAGGAUCGCUGUACUACACGCUGGGGGUGUCGUAUAUGGAUGACAACAUCAAGAAAUCGAAAACGCCAGCUCUUUUCAGUUUUUCCUAUUUUAUCCGCAUGUUGGGACCUGCCAUAGGUUACGGUUUGGCUUCUUUUUGCUUAAAAUUAUAUAUAUCACCCACUUUAACACCAACUAUCGACAACAACGAUCCUAGAUGGUUGGGCGCUUGGUGGUUAGGAUGGAUAAUUUUGGCUAUAAUUCUGUUCGUGUUUGCGUCUUUGUUGGCGCUUUUUCCGAAAACCCUUCCAAGAGCGGCUGUGAGGAAAGAGAUGUUGAAAAAGCAAAGUUGUGCAGUGUUUGAAGCAGAACCAGAACUACCAACGUCUUUCAAAGAUAUGGUGGUUACUUUUAAACGUUUGAUCUCAAAUCCCACUCUAAUGUUAAAUAACUUUGCGGCUAUAUUCUAUUUUUUGGGGUAUAUGCCAUACUGGAUAUUUUUACCAAAGUAUAUUGAGACACAAUAUCGUCAAUCAGCAUCUGCUUCUAGUUUGAUAACUGGAAGUGCUGGACUUGUGUUUUCUGCCAUUGGAAUUCUGUUGUCGGGACUAAUUAUUUCUAAGUACAAGCCACGUGCACGAUAUUUAGCGGCUUGGAACGUUAUUGUUGGAGCGAUUUCAGUUCUUGGUAUUGUUUCAUAUGCCUAUUUAGGAUGUGCUGAAAAUGAUAACAGAGCUCCUUUGCUGCCAAACGGAGAAUUAAAUCCGGUGACUGAAUGUAAUUCUCACUGCUUUUGUGAUUACGUGAAAUACAAUCCUGUCUGUUCGCAAGAUGGAACGACAACUUUUAUAUCGGCAUGUCACGCUGGUUGCAAACAUUCAAAGAAAAUCAAUGGAACGGAUGUCUUUUCCGCCUGUUCUUGCAUUUCAACGAAUAACACGCUGUAUUUCGAGCGUCUGAUCGCUUCAAACAAUACCAAAAACGACAAAGUCGUGGUAGGAACGUCCCUGCACGAAGGUGGUUUUGCCACACCCGGAAACUGUUCAGUCGAUUGUUUAUCCAAGUUCUACGUUUUCUUAAUCGUCGUUUGUAUACUCAAAUUCAGUGGGGCAACUGGGAGAGCUUCGAAUUUUCUAGUGACAGUAAGGUGUGUGGAAGAAAAGGAUAAACCUGUGGCAAUGGGUUUCGGUCUGAUGCUAAUGAGUCUUUGCGCUUUCGUUCCUUCGCCCAUCCUCUUCGGAAUAAUCUUAGAUAAGGCCUGUCUGGUGUGGGGAAAGACUUGUACCGGAAAUGGAAACUGUUGGUUAUAUAAUGGAAAAACCUUAAGAUACACAAUGAAUUUCACCGCGGCGACGUUCGUCUUGAUUGGAACUCUUUUCGAUGCGGGUGUCUGGUUUUUCGUAAAAGGAUUAAAAAUAUUUGACGAAGAAAUUGAACUCGAACUAGAGGAUUUAGCCAGCUAA